GGAAGUGUUGAUAUUUAAAGGGACAGGCUCGGUUCUAAUGGGCGACGGCUGGUGGGAGAAAAUAAGACAGACUACAACACACACACACACACACACACACACAGAGAAGGCCCGGGCGGCGGAGGACGUGGAUUAAUGUAAAAAGGAUGAGGUUCGCGGUGGUCAGUUGGCAUGGUGUAAUGGAGGUGUGUUAGAGAAGGUGAACUGGGGAGACUGGACUGGACUGGAGAGGAGAGCUGAGCUGAUCCGCUGUUACUAAAAAUACAGGAGAGGAAAGCAAACUCUUCUUGCUGCACACACACACACACACACACACGCUGGCUUUGUAAGCGACUUCAGCCUUCCCUGCCGUUAUCAUCCUUUUCUUCACACACUCAACCCCGGGCAAGACGGACAGACUGAGAGGAAGAAGCAGAGACUGAUCAAGAGGAGAGGAGAGGAGGAGUGUGGCAAAGGUCAGAGGCUCUGGAAUGACCCGCUCAGGAUGCAGCUGUCCAGCGACCCGUCAGGAACCCCGGAGGAGCGUGAUUGGCCAGUGGACUCGUCUGGGCGGAGCCUGAGGGUAGAGGUCUUCUGUUUCUGUUCAUCACUUCACUGACACUCCGCCCCUUUGGCCCUUGUUCUCUUCCUGAGUAGGAAUGCUGUUGUUGUGUCACAGGAGCAGUGUUGGAGAUGGCCGAACUCAGGGUCUAGGCUCAGGGUCAGAGGGCAAAGGUCAACGCAGGUGGACGAGGACGGACACAGAUAGUGUGGAGAAGGAGUGGACACAUGUGUUGUGCUGCAAGGCAUUCUGGGAAAUGUAGUUUGCGGGUCCUAAAGCAGAUCUCUGGGAUCUAACAGUCCUUCAUUUAGUGUCUCUGUUGAACUCUUUAGAACUUUUUAAAUAGAAACAUUUACAUAAAUUAGCGUGCGUUGGUCUUAAAGCACCCGAACCCCCCCCCAGCCCCGUCGCCAUGCGUCACAUCCAUGUGGAGCUGGUCCAGAAGGACGCUGAGGCCAGGGACGCGCUGCCGUCCGGCAACCCACAGGUGACCUUCGACCCCCAGCCCAGACCUCUGAACCAGGAGGAGCUGCGUCUGAGGAAGGUUUAUCAGCUCUCCAUCUUUUCCCAGAGAGGAGGGUUUAAAGGAGGGACGAAGCGCGGGUUAGAGGAUGCCUCCGACCCCGUCGUCGCCCCCAAGCGUCUCCUUCAGGAUGAGGAUGAGGAUGACGAGGAUGACGAACUUACCGAAGUGCUGUGCGGAAGAGGCUCCGCCCCUUUACUUCCACCUCUCCCCGCGAAAGAUGCUUUUGCCCCGCUGUCACCCAAAUCGCCCCCUAUGGUAGAUCCUCACACACUUCCCACUACCCCUCUGGAGCCCUCGCCGUCCUCGCGUCCACCCUUAACUCCUACCAAGGCUGUGGAGUGGGGGACGGAGCUGGAAAAGACCCCACCCCCUUCAGAAAGACAGCCCCACCCACCAUCGCCCCCUUCCUGCUCCGACGGGUCGAGCUGCUCAGACCGGAGCUCUGAGGUGAGGAAGAAGAAGCUGCUGACCUUCAGUGACGUCGGAGACUCGUGCUCCGAGGACGAGGGACCGUCCACCUCCAAGCGCUGCCGUCUGGCACUGACCCCCGGGAUCGGACUCGCGCCGGGACGCAGCACCGACUCCAAGGCUGCUCCCUACUGGACACACCUCCUGCCCACAGCCAGAGAGCAGGGCAAAAGCUCUGCUGAGUGUUCCAGAUCAUCCCGGAGGCUAAAGACCAGUGCUCGCCUCAAAUCCCGUCAGCUGCGCAGUGGCAGGCGCACCGACACCGGCCGCGCCUCCUGCUCCUCGUUAGCUGUUAGCAGGUCGCUUCUGGGAAACUUUGAGGAGUCGAUCCUGAAGGGUCGGUUCUCUCCGUCUGGACGGAUUGAGGGUUUCACGGCUGAGAUCGGGGCGAGCGGCUCGUACUGCCCCAAACACGCCACGCUACCUGUACAGGUGACCUACUACGACACGUCCGAGCACAGCGCACCCUCGCCCUUCCUGGGUGUGAUCUCACUGGAGCCCCUGGGAAAGAAAGGAUACAGUGUACCUAAAGCAGGGACCAUUCAAGUGACCUUAUUCAACCCCAAUAAGACUGUGGUGAAGAUGUUCCUGGUGACCUACAACUUCGGGGACAUGCCUGUCAAUCACAUGACCUUCCUGCGCCAUCGCAUCUUCCUGGUGCCUGUGGAGGAAGGGGUGGAGUCAGGGGUGGGGACAGAGAGCUCCACCUCCGACAGGAAGAAGAUUCUAUGCUACCUGAUACACCUUAGAUUCCAGAGCUCGAAAUCUGGAAAGAUCUACUUGCACAACGAUAUCCGGCUGCUAUUCUCCCGCAAGUCCAUCGAGGUGGACACAGGGAUCCCUUACGAACUCAAGUCCUUCACCGAGGUGCCAAGAAACCCCAAAUAUUCCCCACGGGUGUGACCCCGCCCACCUGCAGGACUGACACCGCCCACCUACAGGACUGACCUGUAGGAUUAGGAAAUAAUAAAUAAAGCCUUCUGACUCAAGAACCACACUUGAUCUUGAACAUGCGCGCGCACACACACACACACACAUGACACACACACACAUGACACACACACACACACAUGACACACACACACACACAUGACACACACACACACACACAUGACACACACACACACAUGACACACACACACAUGACACACCAGAACGAUGGACUCUUUGUUGUUGUGACUGAAGAGAGUUUUUCCCCUAGACAAGGAAGUGUUUGCUCUGCCUAAGCUCCGCCCACUGGAGCGCUCUGACCCGGUCAGCUGAUCCGAUGCGGUGUCCAGUUGUAGAGAGACUGGAGUGGAUUUAAAGAUGUGGCCUACAGACUGACCUAUGAUUUCUGGUCAUCUGUAAAGUGAAGGUCAGUCGAAGACCAGAGCAGCUUCGGAGAACUAGCGAGGAACGUGAUGGAGGGGGAAAGUGGACUCGGGAUCUCACACAGGAGUGUAGAUGGACAGAAGGACGUUUCAACUAACUGUGUUAGUAUUAACAGACUGUAUGGGAGUGCUGGACGCUACAACAUUGGACACGGUCAGGAAAUGCUUUAGUGCUGAAGCAGCAAUGACAGUGACCUUUAAACAGAAACAGUGACGUCUUCUAAACACACCAAACGUCUGUGUGUAUCACCUAGCAUCCUGAGUUUCAGCUUUAAUACACACACACACACACACACACAGCUGUAGUGUCCCAUCCCUUCCCUGAAGCCCCAGUGUGCUGCCCUCUGCAGGCUGGUCAGUGCUCUGACCAUGAUGCUUAUGUCUCAUUACACUGCACUUCUUCCUCAUGGCUGUUUGUUUACGUGACUGUUUCAACACAAACGUCUUGAUGAAAUCAGACGACGGUCACUUCAGGUCCUGUCUGGAGUCCAGCAGUAGAAUAUAGUGAUUCAGUAACACACACUCUCACUGCCCUCCUCCUCCUCCUCCUCACACACAGCAACAUCACAACACACAGCACCUCUUCCUUUCCCAGACCAGUAACCAGGUUAAAGUCACUGGUUUAGAGGUGUCUGUUUAAAUAAUGAGUUUUUAUUUGAGUCACUAAACUCACUGACCGCUUGGACUUCUCCUCUGUAGUGAAGUUUGUGUUUUUGACCUUUUUGCCUUUAUAGUUUCAGGGAAUGCUGCUCCAUCUGCAGGCUAUCUUUAGUAUUGCAACACAAACUAAGGGCUUUAAAUAGCAACACAAGUGUGGAGAACAAGUGUGUAAUUUAGUGCAAGCGAGUGUGGACGAGUGUAUGCGAGUGUUUAAGAGAUCAUGUGAGGGAGUGUGUGUGUGUGUGUGAGUGAGAGAGAGUGAGCGCGCGCAUGUGAGAGAGCGAGCGCGCGCGUGUGUGUGUGUGUGUGUGUUUGAGAGAGUGUGAAAGUGUGUGUGAGUGUCAGAGUGAGGGAGAAAGUGUGAGGGAGUGUGAGAGCAUGCAAGAGAGAGCCAGCGGUCACUCACCUGUUAGUGUUUUAUUGACCAUGGUUUAUUGAGCAGAUUCUCAGUAGAUCAGUUGUAGUUAAAGUUCCAGUGAUGAAGUGAAACACAGAUCAGAAGAGUUAUCUGACCAGAGGAUUUACUCACACUGACCUUGUCCUUGUACUGAACCCUCAUUUAUCUGACCAUGAUCAUGGCCUUUAAACUGUGACUGAUGUAAUGACACCAAACCCACCUAAAAGUGUGUGUGUGUGUGUGUGUGUGUGCUUCAGCAUCUUCCCUCUUUUAACUUUAACUCUGAAUCUUCUGCUUGACCUACCCUCUGGUCAUGAGCUCAGUGGUCAGAGUCCAGAGUCCUGUUGUAGCGUCCACGCCUCCUGCAGAACUCCAGCUCUAGCGUUUCACUUAGCUUCCUAACCCAGACUGUGUGUG